UCAAUCUUCUCUCCGUCUCUUCCCCACUCCGAUCAGCAACAACACAAAGCCCACUGGGAAUUUCAGUUUUCGGUUUUACUCUUCUUACCGGCGCCGGAGACUUGAAAUCCCGGCUCAUCGAACUCCCGGGGGGAACAUGAAGCUUCCGUCCUCGGAUUCCGCCUGUAGUAAUUUUAUCGCCUGAUAAGUUGGGGGGCAAGAAGGAAAGGUGUUUUGCGAAUAAAUUCAAUUGGCAAGUAAACUCGAUGACUGGGAAUGAGUUUCGCUUCUUCCUGUCGUACGACAUCAACCUCCCUGUCACAUUCCGAAUCGAGCGAUUGGAAGGGUCACUGCCUCCUGUCAAAUUCCCCGAUUCAGGGAUUGAUUCAACUGCGGAAGAGAGAAGAGCAGAGUUGUAUGUUGAGUGUGUAUUAUGUAUGGAUGGCGCUCCUUUUGGUCUUCCCAUGAAAACAAGGUUGGAGACCAACGGAUCUGCUUACUGCUGGAAUGAACUCAUCACAUUGAGUACUAAGUAUAGAGACCUGAGUAGAUACUCACAGCUUGCUUUAACAGUAUGGGAUGUUUCACUUGGAAAAGAUGAAGGACUGAUUGGUGGGGCUACUAUUCCUCUUUUCAACAGUAAGUUGCAACUCAAAACAGGCAAGCAGAAGCUUAGGCUUUGGUUGGGUAAAGAAGCUGAUGGAUCAUUUCCAACAACUACUCCUGGAAAGGUUCCUUCUGAAUCCUUUGCUGGUAACUUUGGAUCUGGAACACAAUCUGACAUGCUUCUGCUACAGGUCCCAAGGCAUGAGCGUGGAGAAUUGGAGCGUUUAGAAAAGCUUCUGAAUAAAUACGAAAGGGGACAGAUUCAGCGUGUAGAUUGGCUUGACCGGCUUACGUUUAAAGCUAUGGAGAAAAUCAAGGAUCGUGAGAGCUCUAAAACUGGGAGUUCGCACCUAUACUUGGUUGUUGAUUUCUGCAGCUUUGAACAUAGAGUUGUUUUCCAGGAAUCAGGGGCAAAUUUUGUAUUCCCGUCACCUAUUUCUUCAACAAAUGAACUUGUUAUUGUGUGGGACCCUGAAGUGGGUAAGAUAAAUCCUUCUGAGCACAAGCAACUGAAGCUAGCGAGGAGCUUAACACGAGGUAUCAUUGACAAGGAUUUGAAGCCAAGCUCAAACGAAAGAAAGUCAAUACAAAGAAUUUUAAAAUAUCCACCAACGCGAUCAUUGAGUGGAGAUGAGAGACAGCUCUUGUGGAAAUUUCGCUUCUCGUUGAUGACUGAGAAGAGGACACUCACGAAGUUUCUCCGAUGUGUGGAGUGGAGUGAUGUUCAGGUUAGCUUCGAGUCUUGUUCUUUGGUCCUCCACUUCAUAGACUAUUGUGAGGACGGAAAGAACUUAGCCACAAGCAUGUGGUUGUCAGAAGCCAAACAAGCACUAGAGUUGAUGGGCAAGUGGGAAACAAUUGAUGUCUCUGAUGCACUUGAGCUUCUAUCUCCUCUUUUUGAAAGUGAAGAGGUAGAACAGGUUCGUGCAUAUGCUGUCAGUGUUCUGGAGAGAGCUGAUGAUGAAGAGCUCCAAUGUUACUUGCUUCAACUAGUUCAGGCUCUUAGAUUUGAACGUACAGACAAAUCGAGGCUUUCUCAGUUCCUUGUGCAACGCUCAGUAAACAACAUUGAGUUGGCUAGCUUUCUCCGUUGGUAUGUCGCUGUCGAGUUUCAUGAUCAUGCUUACACCAAAAGGUUUUAUUGUACUCAUGAGCUCCUGGAAGAGAAUAUGAUGAAGUUGCCAGCUGGUCCAGAUGAAGAAGAUGGAUUCAAGUUCUGGCAAAGCUUGGUGCGCCAGACAGAAUUGACAGCACAGUUGUGUUCUAUAACAAGAGAUGUAAGAAAUGUGCGAGGCAAUACGCAAAAGAAAAUUGAAAAGCUUAGGCAGCUUCUCUCUGGGCUUCUUAGUGAACUCACGUAUUUCGAGGAGCCGAUACGAUCUCCACUGGCUCCAUCUGUCCUUAUUACCGGGAUUGUGCCAUCAGAGUCAUCAAUAUUCAAAAGUGCACUGCAUCCUUUGCGCCUGACUUUCAGAACACAGACUGGUGGAACUUCUAAGAUAAUUUUUAAGAAGGGUGAUGAUAUUCGACAAGACCAAUUGGUCGUUCAAAUGGUAUCUCUAAUGGAUCGAUUGCUGAAGUUGGAAAAUCUUGAUCUGCACUUGACUCCUUAUAAAGUCCUUGCUACUGGACAAGAUGAGGGCAUGCUUGAGUUCAUACCAUCACGGUCUUUGGCACAGAUACUCUCAGAGCAUCGUAGCAUUACAAGCUAUUUGCAGAAGUUUCAUCCUGAUGAUCAUGGACCCUUUGGUAUUACUGCCACUUGCCUCGAGACGUUUAUCAAAAGCUGUGCUGGCUAUUCUGUCAUCACAUAUAUUUUGGGCAUUGGAGACAGACACUUAGACAACCUACUUCUCAGGGAUGAUGGGCGUUUAUUUCAUGUCGACUUUGGUUUUAUUCUCGGCCGAGACCCCAAACCAUUUCCACCCCCAAUGAAGCUCUGCAAAGAAAUGGUAGAGGCAAUGGGCGGUGCAGAAAGUCAAUACUAUACCCGGUUCAAAUCUUACUGCUGCGAAGCAUACAACAUCCUCCGGAAAUCAAGCAACCUGAUUCUGAAUCUCUUCCAUCUGAUGGCGGGUUCCAACAUCCCCGACAUUGCUUCUGACCCAGAGAAGGGCAUUCUCAAGCUCCAGGAGAAGUUCCGGCUGGACUUGGACGACGAAGCUGCCAUCCACUUCUUCCAGGAUCUUAUCAACGAGAGUGUCAGCGCGUUGUUCCCUCAAAUGGUUGAGACCAUUCACCGAUGGGCUCAAUACUGGCGCUAAAUCCAUGUAUAGACUAUAGUAACUAGUAUCCUUGUACAUAUGUUGUCUUUUGGAUCCUCAGAAAUUAGACUGGAAACUAAUUUUAUAGCUUGUAGCUUAUAAUAACAAUAGUAUACUAUUGAAAUGGCGGGUGAAAAUUCGUCGCCAUCUACAUUGAACAGUGAUCGAUGUAGGCAAUGAUUUCCCUAUAAUGAAGCUUCCAUUCCAUGACAAGCUGGGAUUCCUUGAUCGAAUCGUCUUCUUCAUGUUAUUAAUGGUGGGCUGUUGUUAGCCGGACAGGUAGGUAAUUUGAGUCGUCCUCGGUUCGUCACAACAUGUAAAAUGCCUACAGGUCGCUAACACAAAUGUUAUCAAAUUUUGG